AAUGCAUAUUCCACUUUCAUAAGAACCCAAUACUCUGUCUUUGAAUUCUUAACCUCCUCGCUCACAAUUAAUUCAAUGCAGAGGCAGUUCUAUUCCUCCAACUUCAUCGCGGGGGUCCCUGCGGGCCCCGUGCCUGUGUUCCUGUCCAUGCGGUACCGAUCCGCCAAGCGUCUCGUGGAAAUACACCAACUCCAGUGGAUGUAUAUCGUAAUUUACACGCAACACAACUCAGCAGAAUACACACCAGCAUCGACGCGUUCUCAGGGAUACCUAGUACUUGCGAAUCACACAUCGCAUCGGGAAGCAGUCGAAGUCAUACAAAUGUGGCUGAUACUAGACCACUUCUGGACGCGAUACUAUCAGAUAACAACCAAGCCGUACUAUACACGUACCAAUACGGCUAAGACUCUCGGAAGCACAAUGAAUUCUACAACGACGUCACUCUGCCAACGUUACAGGUCUUCUAUGAGCGCGCACUCCGAACUCACCGGGUUUUCUAUACGUUUCAAGAAUUGUCACAAGUGAUAACAUCGGAAUUCCGAGCGCGUUCGAAAAGUAACUACCAUACCUGGAUGCGUGGUAUUUCGGACGGUAUGGAAGUCGCGUUUAAAGGUAUGGAGUGCAAGGUCACCAGACAGUCGGAACAUAGUUUAGGGCGUUGA